UAAAAUACCAAGCAGCUUUCAUGGUGCACAAUGAAUAAUUACAGAUUACAUUUGUGAUCACUGUUCUUGUAUAAGUUCUAAUAACUGUAUAGUCAAGUUGGCCACGUUUCAUUCGAUCAGUAACCACUUGAUUCUGGUAAGGGUCUGUAGAGGGUCUGGAACCUAUCCCUGGAACACUGGGCUAAAGGCAGUCGAACUCAUCCCAGAUGGGACGCUAGUCUGUCACAAACCACACACACACACUUUCACACCUACAGGCAAUUUAGCAUAGCCAGUGUACCUACUGGCAUGUUUUCGGACAGUGGGAUGAAACCAGAGAACCCAGAGGAAACCCACACGAACAUAGGAAGAACCUGCAAAACUCCUCACAGACAGAAACCCAAGCUCAAGAUCAAACCCGGACGGGCGCAAUACAUCGAGUUACAUCAACACCAAGUCUGGAUGACUUGCAUAGGCAUAAUAGUGCACUUAAAGAUGUGAUUGAGGUCAGAAUUGGGCUUAUUUCAGCUGCCACUCUGUGCCACACUUUUGGCCACAGCCUAAUUUACAGAGGCAAGCACACGUUUUCAUAUUAACACAAUAAUUUUACUAAACUAUUGUUCGAUUUAUAGUUUUAAAGAAAUGAAAUGGGUCGAGUUGAGUGUCUGUGCAUGUACACGCGAUUUCGUAACAAAUGGUCGGUGUUAAUGGUAUUCAGCAGAUUGCAGGCCGCCUCCUCCCCUCCUCUUGCGCUCUGCAUGACAAUAAUAUCGCUUAUGGGAGAGAGACAGAGACGGAGAGGAACAGAGAGAGCGAACAGCCGGCACUGGGACAGCUGUUCAACACUCUGUCGGUUUUGGUCCUCAGCCGUAUGGCCUAUUAGUAUUAACCCCAGCUCUUUCCUUCUGUAAUUAAACUCUUACUUCUCUUUUCGGUUAAUUCGGUACGAAUUUAACAGCGCGCGCGAAGAGAAGAGACACUUUUUUCCCCUCAGAAGUUAACCGACGCAGGUGUUUGUUGAGCAUAUGGACUGUUUUUUCCUCCGCUUGGGUUCGGUUUGUAGCUUUAACAGUCAGACAGGUGGACCGUGGACAUCUGGCAUCUUUUGUGCGAAAAAGAAAAGUCAAUAAGUGGACGGACAUUAGCAUAACAAAGCCGCCGGAGAGCGACACGUUCAGGCUUCACAGCUUCACGGCGUCCUGAGAGGAAGCGAGUUUGGAUAUUUUGUUCCUGUAAGCUCGCAGCAUUCUCCUAAUGUUUGACAUCCAUAUAUAAAUGGUGCAUGCUUUGUUUUGGCCAGUCUGCCUUUUUUCGCUUCAACCACCCAGAGGAGGCUCUCAGGAUGAAGAGUAUGAUGCCAGAAGGAAAUGCUGGGCUCAGCAGCACCUACAGAGGACAUUCAGAGCCCCAUGGUCUGCUCAAUGGAAACCACCAGCCUGUACCUCAUGAGAGGGUUCGUCCAGGCCAUGGUCCUCUGGCCCGCUCUAUAGAGAAGGACCUUCAGGACAUCAUGGACUCUUUAACCAUGAAUGACUCUCAGGUGUCCUCAACUGAGAUCGGAAAACACCCUGAGCACUCCAUCCCACAAUUGCCUCUUUCUCCCAUGUUCAAUGGAGGGGGCCGCUAUCUCCUCUCCUCUCCAGCUAGCCCUGGAGCCAUGUCUGUGGGAUCUAGCUAUGAAAACACCACUCCUCCUUUCUCUCCUAUUUCAUCUCCCUCAACCGCCAGCAGUCCUGGCACUCGUAUGGUCCCUGCUAACUCUUCUCUACCUUCACAUUCAGCUUCCCACCAUCAAACAGUCCAGCCCCCAAUUCCCCAGCCACGGAAAUCAACAGCUCGGAUUGGCAGUAACAACGGGGGGCGAAAGGUACAGGAAAGUCCUAGGCUUCCCAGAAAAGCCUUGACAGAAACGCAACCAAGUCCUAUAGCCAGUCGCCAAGGUCAAAACCAGGAUGUUCAGAUCAGAGGAGGUUCAGAAGGCCCACAUUCAGUCCUUGGUUUCGCUGGAGAUGCAGGCAGGGACAACAGGAUCAUGACUUCCAGCUCCUCUGCUUCCUCAAGUCCUAGAUCCAGUGUGGGCUCAACUUUCCAGGAGACUCCCUCACCUGAUGUUGGAAUUCAGUCCAUCCAGCUAAACUCACGCUCACUCAUUCCUUCAGAGUGUCCUCAGUCCACCCGUCGAGUACUAGAACCAUCCAACGGCACACUGGUCCGAGAACGUCCCCCUCCCAGCCCCUCUACUCCACGUCGUGGGAUGCAGGGAUUCCCGGUCCUACCUGGAGCCCUACCUGGGGUAUCCCUUACAACUCAGAGCCAGACAGGAAAGGGUGUACCAGAGAGCCCUCGGCAGCACAGGCAAGUCACAGUGCGGGAAGACGCCAUGGGAUCAAGGGGGCUACGGGCCAGAAGCCCUUCUCCUGUGUCUGCUGUCCUUAAGGACCACACUAAUAGCGGUGGGAGGCAAAAAGGGAGUGCUGGAGUUAAUCAAAUCCCAGGUUUGAGUACCCAGGUUGGAGUUUCUCCCCUUACCAGCCCCCGUAGUCAGAGGAAGAACCCCAGAGAACCAUGGACUCUCCAACCCAGGGCACGGGAACGUAAGAACAGCAUUUCAGAAAUCAAUGACAAUGAGGAUGAACUGCUGGAGUACCAUCGCUGGCAGCGGGAUGAGAGGAUAAAAGAGCAAGAAAUGGAGCGACUGGAAAGACAGAGGCUAGAGACCAUUCUGAGCCUGUGUGCUGAGUAUAAUAAAGGGGACCCUGUGGUAGACAUGGAGACGGGGAGGGCAGGUCAGUUCCCUGGGACAGAGGACCAGCGGCCUGGCCCCGACUUGGUGGGUGUGGCAGUCCAGCGCUCACACGCUCACACACAUAGACCGGGAGAGUGUGAUGACGAGAAUCUGAAAGAGGAGUGUAGCAGCACUGAGAGCCAGCACCAGGAGCAUGAAGACACUGCGGGAAUGGGGCAGCAGGAGCUGGGUUAUCUAGUGGAGGAGGGGGUCAGGAUUCUGGCUCGAGUAGAGGAGUUAAAAGCUCGGGUCACUGAGCUGGAGCAGCAGCUACAGGAUUCCAGACAAGAGGCUGAGAUGGAGCGGGCAUUGCUGCAGGGGGAGAGGAGAGCCGAGUUAGACCAAGUGGAGGCAGAGUUAGAGAUUAUCAAUCAGAUCCAGUUCAAACUGAGCGAAGUGGAGAAAAAUAUUCAGAGAGAGAAAGAAAAGGGGAGGGCUAACGUCUCAGCCGAGCGUGACGUCCUGGCCAGGUUGAGGGAUGGGUACAGUGAGCUGAAGAGCCAGCUUCACAAAUGCCCCGAGUCUCUGAGGGAGCACUUACAGGAACAGCUUGCCAGGAAGGCCGAGGCUCUGGAGUCCGGCUCAAAGCGCUUUGAGGACCUGGAGUUCCGCCAGUUGGAACGUGAGAGCAGUCUGGAGGAGGAGAAGGAGACAGUCAGCCGGCAGCUGCUCCGGGAGAAGGCAGAGUACCAACACAGCGUGGCCAAGAGAAAGGAGAAAAUGGCUGCCCUUGAGAUGCAGGCCAACCAGCUAGGCGUGCAGGCAGCUCAAGAUUGUGAGAGGAUGGCUAAAGACCGAACCAUGGCCCUGCAAAUGCUACACAAGGAGAAGGAGAGACUGGCUACCCUGGAAAGGAGAUACCAAAGUUUGACUGGAGGGAAGACUUUCCCCAGUUCCUCUAACAGCAUGCAGGAGGACGUUCUACAUAUCAGCGAAUCAGACCUUUCCAAUGAAGUCCUUAUCCAGCAUCCCCAACUUCCUGCUCCCUGCAUCCAAAGCGCCACCUCUCACUCUUGCCCCAUCAGGCCUCAGGAGGCUGAGAGGAACAAGUCUCUGGUGUCCAGGCUGGAUUUAGAGUGCUGGUACCAGGACAUCAUGGCAAUUGGGGAUACUAGCCAUGCUUGUCCUCCCCCUCUUCCAGCUAAGUCUUUCUCUACACGCAGACCCAUGCAGAUACACAGGUGUAAGCAGGAUGGAGCAAAUGGGACGUCCACACAACCCAACGCUGGAAUUGCAGGCAGAAACACGCCAACCAAGAGCCUGCCAGACCUGUCAACCCCUCAUCUGGAUUCAGAUUCCAAGAAACUUGCUCUUGAGGUCAAAGGGCUCCAAACAUGUGACGACUCCAGAUAUCUCAGCACUGAACUGAAACCAAGGCACGAAAUGGACCUGCAAUGCCACUGGGAGGUGCCACAGGGCUCUCAUUCCCAGUUAAUUGGCCCAUUCCCUGCUCCAGUGGCCCCAAUGGUGCACCAUUCCAUCCUGCACCAUCAAGCACCCUCUGCAGGUGGCCCAGCUUAUGACACACUCAGUCUGGAGAGCUCUGACAGCAUGGAGACCAGCAUAUCCACUGGAAACAAUUCCACCUGUUCACCGGAAAGUGGUAGCGGCCUGGCUGGGCUGAGGCUUGAGGAAAUGGAGAAGAUGCUGAAGGAGGCUCAACAGGAAAAAGCCAGACUGGUGGAGAGUCGUGAGAGGGAGGCACAGGCACGAAGGCAGCUGCUGGAGGAGGAGAGGAAGAGGCGAGAGGAGGUGGAGAGGAGGCUGCAGGAAGAGACUGCGCAUCGGCAGAGAUUAGUAGAUGAGGAGGUCAAGAUGAGAGAAAAGCAAAGCUCUCAGGCUCGUCCAAUGACCCGCUACUUACCCAUCAGAAAGGAGGAGUUUGACCUACGCUCCCAUGUGGAGUCAGCAGGUCACUGCAUAGACACCUGUCCCUACGUCACCGUCUCUGAGAAAAUGUGCAAAGGCCACCUGGUGAAGAUGGGUGGCAAAAUCAAGUCAUGGAAGAAGCGCUGGUUCGUCUUUGACCGUCUAAAGAGGACGUUCUCCUACUAUGUCGACAAGCAUGAGACCAAGUUGAAAGGGGUCAUCUACUUCCAGGCCAUCGAGGAAGUUUACUACGACCACCUACGCAGUGCCACUAAGAGUCCGAAUCCUUCCCUAACCUUCUGUGUGAAAACGCACGACCGGCUGUACUUCAUGGUGGCUCCAUCCCCAGAGGCCAUGCGAAUAUGGAUGGAUGUCAUAGUAACAGGCGCUGAGGGCUACACACAGUUUAUGACCUGAGGGAAAGCUGACUGAACACUCAGCCAUAAGCGUCGGCAGGACUUCUGUGGAGUUGUGUGGGAGGACCGAACUUUCCACUGAUAUUUGAACUUCAGACAUGCUGCAUCAGCCCAAAAUGAUUGAUGUGUAUCAUCCAGAUCAGAAAGAUUUUGUAUGAAUGCAUAUUAACCAGAAGAGGACAGGGUUCUGUUCUUGGUGCGCAGAUAACAAGGUGCUUAAAACAAACCAGUCACCAAGAAAGACUAUUAUACAACUAGAUAUUUUUAAAUAUUCUAUUAUUUGUGUAAUGUGUAAUAUAUAUUACCACUUUGGAACUAUCCGUGGCAACAGUUCCAUGCAGUUACUUUGUUUUGCACACUUUUGGAUUAAUAAAAUAAAGGGAGGACAAAUUAUACUUUUUUAUGCCAAAUAUUUAAAACCAAUUAUGCUUUCUAAGGUCUAUUUAGAGGUUUAAAUGUGACAUUGAUACUUUCUAUUAAUAGUGUUAAUCUCAGUACUCAAACUAAUAAUAUUUCUUAUGAAUUUCAUGUACCAGGAAGUUGCUUCAGCGCCGUGUAACGCAAAAUACUGUCAAUUACCGAACCAUACUGGUAUAACAAAAAAGAUGCCAUGUGGGGGUGGGGGGGGGGGGGGUUAUACUUCUUGUUGUAUUUCCAUUUUGAAAAAAUAAUGUCUGGUGGGGACCAUUUUUAUUUGAUCAAGUGUUUGUCGUUAUACCGUGAGACUUGCCAAAGGUGAACUUCAAAAGUCCGGCAUUUCAUUCUGUCAACACGUUCAGGCACAAUGAUGUGAUCCAUGUGAGUGUGCUGAUUGUGAUUGUGUGGCCAUAUGUGCCUUGCAAAAUGUUAUCUUCUUUCAGGGUUAAAGAAAAAACAAACAAACAAACAAAAUGCAGUAGUGCUUCACUAUUAUUUUAUACUGUUUUCUUAUUUAUUCAGGUUCAAAGCAUCCUGUAUUGCAAUUAUGUCGAAAUAUAAUAUUAUGCAUAUGAUAUGCAUUUUAUAUUAUGCUAUUACAUAAGCUCAGAGUAACCUCAUUAGUGUUCAUUUAUACAUGUGCUCAUCCAAUUUGAGCAAAACAGUAUAUACUAACAAAAAUUCCAGGGUGUAUAUACACAGUAUAGCCUAUACAUGUCACAUUUACACUUAUGAAUUGUAAUGACAGAGGUGUGUACCAGGCCUAAAUAAAACGUGUAACAAAG